AUGUCCGAGGUCUACUCGCAGUUCCUCCAAGCCGUCCGCGAGCGCCUGAUCGACGACAUUGCCGAGGCAUCCAAGAGCACCUCGGACGCGCGACCCGUCAAGCGAUUCAAGCGCGGCUUCCUCCUCGGGCCCCCCUCGAGUCCGUCGGAGUGGGGCUCCGGCUGGGAGCACUACGCCCAAUGCAGACCUCUCAUCCACUGCCACCUCCACCUCCACCUCUCCCCCUCGCGCCUCAUCAUCAAACCCCUCCUCACCCCUACGCCCUUCCACCCCCUCCCGUUCUACCUCCCCUCCCCCCCAGGCACCCCCAUCACCCUCCUCCCCUACGGCACCCCCGCCUACCUCCUCUCCUCCUACACCGGGCCCACCUCCGUCCUCACAUCCCAAUUCACCGACUCCCUCGCCGGGCUGGGCACAGGCGACUGGGCCUCGCCCCCGCCCUACACGAGUACGAACAGCGCACCGGGGAAAGGGCCGAUGUACGUCAUCGCGUGGGUGGGCGUGCAGAACAAGCAGGGCGAGGACAAGGGCCUCCCGCUCAUCUGGCCCGCGCGGCUGUGCGUCGCGUUCCACCCCGCCGCGCAGUGCGCGAGGAAGCCGCUAGCCUAUCUCCCCGCGCUCCCGCCCGAGCUGCAGGCCUCGCCCGUCCCCCCGCCACCGCCCGACGCACCGGCCGUCCAAGUGCAAGCGCAAGGAAACAAGCCCAUCCGCCCGUCGCUGAAGAGGAGCAGCGUGUUCACCGCGCGCGCGGGGGAGACCCAGGCGGCGUUCAAAUGCAUGACCCUCGUAGCAGGCGGGAAGGACAUGCCCGCCGUCGCCGCGGAAGCGUCCGCGUACGUCGAGGCCGUCGCGCGCGAACGCGAGCGGGAGCGCGAACGGCUGAAGAGGGAGCGCGAGAGCGCGCACGCGUCGUCGCCCAUGCGCUCUGCCCCGCCGAUGACGCCUACACCCAUGACAUUGUCCACGCCGGCGGCGGUGGGCCAGACGCCCGUCGCGGCGGAGGAGACGCCCAUCUUCCCCCCGAGUAGUAGUCCUGCGGGCGAGAGUCCGAUGGUCGUCGAACAGGAGCUUGGGAUGGUUGUACCCCUCCCUUCUGCUAGUCUCGUUCCGGAGAUGACGCCCAUGGACAUGGACGUCACCCUCGCUCCAUCCACCUCACCUGCCGUCCAACCCGCAGAUACCCUCCCCGCCCCCUCUGCAUCUGCCUCUGUCUCCCCUAACCCGGACCCGGACCCCGACCCAAUUUCCUUCGACACCUUCACGACCUUCGAGCCCUCCUGGGCGCAGCCCUCGUCUGCAGACUUCAUGGGCUACGGCUUCGGCGACGGCGAGCCCGCGGAGCCCUUCGACGUCUUCACGGAGGACGACUUCAACUUUUUCGACCGCCCGAGCGCAGGCGACGCGGGCCUGCUCAACAUCUCCCCCCCUGCGUUCGGCGAGGGCAUGCGCGGGUUCGCCGCCGCUUCGCCCGUGAAGACCCAGAGUUCCCCGUGGCCGGUGCUGGGGAUGGGCAUGGGAGCGGGGGACACGCCGGCGCCGCCGCCCGAGCUCGACCCGUCCUCGCCCGCAGGCACCCCGUCUGCGUACUCGGACCCGCCGACGCCGACGGUGCAGCUCGCCGCGCCGGCGCACGCGUCGCAGCUGCUCCUCGGCGUGCCGCGCGUCUUCGACCCCAUCCCGUUCGCGCCGGCGCACAAGGCGUCGGACGACAAGUACGCGAUGGGCAAGUUCGCGGUGGGGGAGGCGCAGAGAGAUGGGAAGGAGAUGGCGGUGUGGCAGGGGAAGGAGGGGGGGUGGAAGUUUAGGUACUCGGCGGUGACGGACCCGAGGGUGGGCGUCGUGCGCCAGCUCAUUGGCGUGAAGCGCAAGAGCAUCGAGCAGGGCAUGCGCGAUAUGAAGCUGUCCCCGCCGUGGAUCCAGGAGCCCGAGGACUGGUUCCCGUGCACACCGGACGAGCCCGAGGAGGACAAAUCCGAGCCGGAAUCGGAGGAGGAGGACCGGUGGAUGGACGACGACGACGAGUCGCGCUCGGUGUCCCGCCCGUCGACGCCCCUGCCGCCGUACCUCCCCCUCGGCCCGACGCUCCUGCACACGCAGUUCCACCACUCGCAGCUGCUCCCCGCCAGCUCCGCGCUCCGGCCGCCCGAUGCGCCUGCGGCCCUCGCGCCCGCCGCCGCCCCGCCCAUGUCGGUCCCGACGCCCGUGUCGCCGGCGGCGGCGCUCAGCGCUGCGUCGGAGAAGUCCAAGUCGCUGGAGGCGGCGGCGCUGAUGUUCGCGAAGGAGCAGAUCGAGAACCCCGUGUGGGCGCAGGCGUGCCGGGUCAAGAGGAUGGACGAGGAGCGGGCGAGUGGGCCCGCCACUGAGGUGUGGCAGAGCGAUGCUCACCAGGCCCUGCGGCUCCUCGCGAAGUUGGAGGGUUGCCCGCCGUCGAUGGAAGUGAGGGAGCUCCUUGCGUCCGACGCUGGCUCUGAUACUACAGGCUCGGAGAGUGCGGUGCUGAGGAGACUGAAGCCGCCUCUGAUGACUGUGACCAAGAGCGACGCAGUUAUACAGACAGGUUAUACUGCGCUGCGGUUCUGGGAAAAGCUAGGUCUAUCUCCUCGGAACGGCAAGAAGGACGUGUCUGCCUUUGUUUUCUUCGAAGAUGAAGGGGACUCGAAGGUACAGCAGGUCGAGUCUUGGUUGACCAAAGUCUCAUCCCGGUACAAGGCGAGGAAUCUGGGUUGUCAUGUUGCUGGCAAGGCCGCAGAGUGCACUCGAGACGGUAUCGUUCCCCUCAAACUAGAGAGCAUCCGAAAGACUUUGGUCAAUUUCGUUGCAUCGCUGGCAGUCGAUACUAGCAAUAUCGUCUUCUAUGUCGUGACGCCCGCGUCGAUCAUGGCCUUGUCUUCUCCAGUUCUUCGACAAAUAUUCUCAGCGACGAAGCGAACGCUCAAGUCACAUACGGAGAAACAGAUCCUCUUCCAUCUGGUUCCCGAGCACCUUGUUUUCGCGAGUGCGUAUGCGACAUCCCGCGACUCGCCUACCGACAUUCUAGUGCACAGUGUGUAUGAUAGGAUCCUGCGUCCCGUGGAUCGCUACACUGCGCGACCCCAAGUCGAGCAACUGGAGCCUCGCAGGGCUUAUGUCCAGGAGCCCGCAUUCGUAGCUGCUCGUGCCCUCCACAAUUCCGCGCUGUUCCUGCGCGAAGGCCAUCUACGCACGUUGGAUGUGGCGGACAGACAUACUCUUCUCCACGUUGGAUAUCGCAUUUCUGAGUGCGGGAAGUGGCUUCUAGCGACGUGUGUAGAUCAACGUGGGGAGGGAUAUGAUGUCGGCGUCUGGUUAUACCCAGAGGACCGGAAGGAAGAGCAAGUGGUUGACCGGGUCUGGGGCUUUGCUUGCCAAAUGGCGCGCCGAGCGAGCGUCGACUGGAGAGUCGUCGUCACCAAGCUUGGGUUCAUGGCCGAAGACGAACUACAAGUUUGGAUAUCACGUCUGCGGGUUGCAGUCGCGGAUUCUCUCGACGUCUCUCUGCAUGCCAGUGUCAUGGUCGCGGAGCAAGGCAACUCUUGGACGUUCCUUGCCCCAGAACGCAAGCAGUCCAAGCCUAUAUCGCCUCAGCGGCAUGCGUCCAAGGAUACUCAUGGGACGACUUUCCUGGAUGCGUCCUGGACAGCAUAUACCCUGAAUCCUCCGGGAAUAUACACCUUUCCAUUGACACCGCCGACUCUUGACUACAGUUACGACGUGUCCUGUGUACCGGAGCUCACUGGGGACUCUGCUGACACAGACAUCGGCGCACUCCCUGCUCUGUCGAGCACCUUAGUCUAUGUCCCAGCCGGUACUGACCACACGUCCAUCAGCAUGCUCAACUAUCUGACAAGGACACGCUACGCGAUGUAA